CAGAAGCAACGCAAUUGUAAGAGCAAGUAAACUCUUUUUUUAGCAUAUCUUUCCUUGAACACAGAAAGGCAGGAAGAAUUCAUCAUUUCGUGGAAAUGAGCGAGUCCGAACUCAAUUUACAAGCAGUCCUAUCCUCCAAAACAUGGUUUGGCUUCGACCUGGACGAUACCCUACACGAAUUCCGCAAAGCAUCAAGCCAAGCCUCUCUUAACGUAUUUGAGGUCAUCAGUUCCAAAUACGGAAAACAAGUUGAUCACCUGAGGGCCAGAUAUCAAGAAAUCCUGAAGGAAUCGACCACCCAUGCUUUCACAGACGGAAGGACCUCGACUGAAUAUCGCCGAGAACGAUUUACACGGCUCCUCCAGGCCGAUGGCCUUGAUGAAAGUGAAGACAUCGACCGUCUGCUUCGGAUCUACCAAUCCUCGCUGCGGUCCAACUUGACUCUGAAAGCUGGCGCAUUCCAAUUACUUCAGACACUGCAGCGACUGAAUAAGAACGUGAUCGUCAUCACUGAAGGCCCAGCUGAUGCACAGGAAUGGACGGUUCGGGAAUUGGGCCUUUGGCCUUAUGUUGAUAUUCUUGUAACAACCAAUGAGAUUGGAAAAUCAAAAGCUGAUGGGCUUUUUGGUGCGGUCUUAGAGAGGUAUGACAUUCAGCCCGGGGCUAUGGCCUACUUUGGGGACAAUGAGGUGCGGGAUGUGCGUGCAGCGCAGAAAGAGGGUAUCCUGGCCAUCUUAUACGAUCAGAAACAGGAGAACGAUUUCAAAUGUCCUAAUACUUUGAGAGUUAAUUCUUGGGACAUGUUGCAAGGUAUACUACUGGGUUGA